AUGGCCGAGAUCUAUAAUCAGGACCUUGAGAAAGCCGCUCGAGUGAGCGACAACAGGGUACAAUUCGACAGUAGCAGCGAUGACGCGGCGCCAGGGCAAACCUUUACAUAUGGCACCUCGCUGUAUGCCAGGUUACAGCGACUGGCUGGAAAGCUCAACAUCGAGCAACGGGGUAUCGAGCGCGUACCGGAUAAUGAGCGGACGGACACAUCGUAUCUCAACAUUGGCAGCAUGUGGCUGGCAGCCAACAUGGUCGUCAGUUCGUUCGCCAUCGGCGUUCUCGCCAAAUCAGUCUUCUACCUUGGCUUCGUCGAUGCUAUUCUCGUCUGCCUUUUCUUCAAUCUCCUCGGUGUCAUGACUGUCUGCUUCUUCUCAUGCUUUGGUCCUGCCUUUGGGCUGCGACAGAUGGUGCUUACAAGGUUCUGGUUUGGAUGGUGGCCUGCCAAAUUCGUUGCGAUCUUGAAUGUGUUGGCUUGCGUGGGCUGGUCUGCCGCCAACGCCAUCGUCGGUGCUCAGCUCAUCCAAGCAGUCAACAACAACGUUCCCGGAUUCGCUGGUAUAUUGAUUAUUGCUAUCUGCACACUUCUCGUCACAUUUGCCGGGUACAAAGUCGUUCAUGCCUAUGAAUACUGGAGCUGGAUCCCCACUUUCAUCGUCUUCUUGAUCGUCCUCGGAACCUUCGCCCACUCCGGCGACUUCAGAAACUUGCCUAUGGGAGUCGGGGUGUCGGAGCUUGGCAGUGUCCUAUCCUUUGGCUCAACGGUAUACGGCUUUGCCACUGGAUGGACCAGCUAUGCUGCCGAUUACACCGUUUACCAGCCAGCUGACCGCAGUCGCCGCAAGAUUUUCUUCUCCACCUGGCUUGGCCUCAUCGUUCCUCUUCUGUUUACUCAGAUGCUCGGAAUCGCCGUUAUAUCAGCCACAGGAAUCGAUGAUGGCAACAAUAAAUAUGCAGCGGGCUACGCGGCCUCGGGCAACGGAGGCCUGCUGAGUGCCGUGCUGGAACCUCUCGGGGGAUUCGGGAAAUUCUGUCUCGUCAUCCUGGCGCUCUCCAUCAUUGCCAACAAUUGCCCGAACAUCUAUUCCGUGGCCUUGACCCUUCAAGUCCUGAGCCGCCGCUCCCAGCGCGUGCCACGCUUCAUCUGGGUGUUCUUAGGAUCCUGUGCUUCUGUGGCCAUCGCCAUCCCUGGGUACUCUCACUUCGAAACUGUGCUGGAGAACUUCAUGACCUUCAUCGCAUACUGGCUGGCCAUAUAUAGCGGAAUCGCGCUUGUAGACCACUUCGUCUUCAAGCGUGGGUUUGAGGGUUAUCAAGCUGAGCUAUAUGACAAACCGGAGAGCCUUCCUCAUGGAAUUGCUGCCUCCGUUGCCUUUGCGUUUGGAGUGGCCGGAAUGAUCACCGGAAUGAGCCAAUCGUGGUGGGUAGGUCCCAUCGCCCUGCAUGCGGGUGAGGCGACCUUUGGCGGUGAUGUUGGCUUUGAAUUAGCGUUCCUUUUCUCGGGCGUGAGUUAUGCUGCCCUGCGACCUAUCGAGCUGAAGAUAUUUGGUCGGUAG